CUAGAAUAGAGAGGCUAGGCUGGAGUAUUAUUAUGGCCUACAUAACUGGGAGAGCUGGGGCCUGUGUGUACAGACACAGUCCUCGCUCAGCCUAGCGGCCUAGGCUUUCCAGGGAGAAACAAUUACAUCCUAUUUUCUCUAUGCAUCAACAAUGAAUAUGACUUGCCUGGUUAACACUGUGUGCAUGUGUGUCUGGAAAUUUUCAAUUGAGGAGCUGCAUGCUCAUGUAAAUGGCUCAAUAAGUGCUGAGACGAUGGAAAAAAUUAUUCAUAACAAAGAUCUUGUCGGAGUGGACAUGCUAAAGUUAAACAAGUGGAUUCAUUCAGUAAAGAAGGGGGAGAAGAAAAACUUGGAUGAGACUUUUGAGAUGUUUAAAAUAAUGCACCAACUUGUGACAGACACUGAUACUGUUUCCAUGGUAACAUAUGAUGUAAUCAAAGAGUUUGCCAAUGAUAAUGUGCGUUACUUAGAGUUGCGGAGUACCCCGAGGGAUGUGCCAAGUACAGGAAUGACAAAACAAUCGUAUGUAGAGGCUGUCUUGCAGGCAAUUGAGAAAUGUAUGCAAGAAAAUGUAAAAAUCAUCGUAAGGUUUCUUUUGUCAGUUGACAGAAGUAGAGGUGUGAAUGUUGCCAUGGAAACUGUACAAUUAGCCAAACAAUUCAAGGAAUCGAGCAAAGGGAUCGUAAUUGGUGUUGACUUGAGCGGUAAUCCAAAUGUUGGUGAUAUGAAUGAUUUUGUUCCUGUUUUAAAAGAAGCUAAAAACGCAGGGCUUAAACUUGCUCUUCACAUUGCUGAGAGAACAAACCAUGUAGAAGAAAGUGCUUUGUUAUUAUCCAUCCCACCAGAUCGGAUUGGUCAUGGAACCUUCCUUCAUCCAGAAGUAGGUGGAAGACAAGACUUGGUAGACAUGACACAAAAGUACAAUAUUCCUAUAGAAACAUGUUUGACUUCCAAUGUUCUAGGUCGAACUGUUCCCUCUUUUGACAAACAUCACUUUAAGUAUUGGUACGACAAAAAACAUCCCUGCAUAGUUUGUACUGAUGACAAGGGAUUGAUGUUAACCUCUUCAUCUGCAGAAUACAUUAUCGUGUCGAACACCUUUCAUUUCACUAAACAGCAGCUGUAUGACAUAUCAUUUAAUAGUAUAGACUGUAUAUUUGAAAAUGACAAGAUAAAGGAUGAGUUAAGAAGUCAAUGGGAGACUUCAAAAAACUUUUUGGAUCUCCAAAAAUGAUGUCUGUGCAUAAUAUCUAUAAAGUAAUAUCCACUUCCCCCCUAAAUUUUUCAAAAUUAAAAAAAAAAAAUAAAUAAAUAUUUUCAAAUUUAUGUCUGAAAGUGCCAUUUCUGCCUAUCUAGAGGGUGCCAUAAUCAUACAUUUUCUUAUCUCAGCCCCAACAAUGGUGGGACUGAGGUGGUCUAGACCCUCUAUCUGUGAAAGUUGCUCCCUGGGCUCCCUUUAUUUUAAAUUCCUGGAUCUGCCACUGCAAAAUUCAUAAAUGGAAACAGAGAGAUUAAACCAGAGAUUGAUGACAAAUUACCAUUGUUGUUGCUGGUUUUCAAGUGAAUUGGUAAAAAAUUACUUUAAAAUGACAGAAUACAUUAUGUUCGGCAACUAUUGUUUGUACAGUAUUAAAAAUUCAGUUUUUUAUCCUGGCCGUAGAUGCUUGUUUCGAGAUAGCAUGCCUCAACUAUACAGGGUACUAGCAUGCACAAGACUGUCACAACUAGAGGCGUAUUUAGGAUCUUGAAAUGGGGGGGGGGGAAAACGGGGCUUAAUAAUUACAGUAGGUGAGGCGAAAUAUUUUUAAUUACUUGAGCAUGAUUUUUUUUUAAGGAGGGGUUGCAAGUAUUUUUAGAGGGUUGUGUGCACCCCCUGGAUAUGCCACUUUUCACAACAUUGAUAAUUGUAGGCAGCGGCCACAUGCAACCUGGACAGCAUAGCUGCUAGAGUCCCGAUGACUAGUAUCUGGGGCCCUAAAGCAAUUGCAGCUUGGGUAUUUAAGUGCCUAAUUUCCUAUACUGUAUUAUCUGUAGAAAAGAUAGAAACAUUUUAAGUAAUAUGCAGUUUAUUUUUUGGUCCCAGAGUACUGGCUCGAUGCCAGUGGCCACAUUUACUGCCAAUUUUUUGUUUGGAAAUACUGUACUCGUUUAUGGAAUUGCUGAUUUUUAAUUGCAUUACCAGUAAAUAAUAAUCAUACUGUAUAUUUACAGUUACUGUUGUUGGUUGGCAGGGUCAUGGUAUUGUAUAC